GUUACUACUCUUCUACGUCCUAUCGUCUACGCACUCGUAAUGCCUGCUUAGAACCGUGGCAUCGAUUUCAUCAAUGGGAACAUGCUUCUUUUGCUUUGAUGAAUAGCAAAGCGUAUCACUAUCGUUCUUGAUAUUGCUCAGACGUGAUGAUUGACAAAGUCAAGCUUUGAUGUAUCCUCUAUCAUCGGACUGGACCCGUGCUACUAUACUACUCCUUCUGUCUUCGUCUUCUUCUCUGGGUCCCGGCUCGUGAGACAGCGCUGAUCACUGAUAGUCGAGCUAUAAAGCUCGUCUUGAUGGACCUCAUCAAGUUCAGUUCAUCAAAUUUAUACUCUUGUAGAGCACCAUGCAGAAGACGUCAGGCUCCUCCGUUAUUGCUGACGCCAUCCCUACUGAACGUCCACACAUUUACGGAGGCCGACAAUCCUCCCACCUUCUCCACAUCCUCAUCAUCGGCUGCGGACUCGGAGGCAUCGCAGCAGCACACACCCUCUCCCAAGCAGGUCACACCAUCACCAUACUUGAAUCCGCACGCGAAAUAGGUGAAGUCGGUGUCGGGGUUGUACUUCCCCCUCCUAUCACACGCUUACUUGCAAAAUGGGGUGCAGGGGAAGCGUUGAGGAGAGUUGGUGUGAGAAGUGAAGGGAUGGCACAUUUGAGGUAUGCUGAUGGGACAGUCUUGGGGUAUAUGCCUAUGGGUGAACGGAUGGAGAAGAGGUUUGGAGCGCCGAAUAUGUUCUUACAUCGCGCGGAUUUUCAUAAAAUCCUGAGCUCACUCGCCCUCUCCUCACCUCUCGUAACUCUCCGCCUCCGCUCUCCCGUCGAAGACAUCCAACCCAUACCAAGCUCAGAAGACGGGAAAGUAUCGGUUAGGUUGGCAGGUGGAGAAGUGGUAAAGGGAGAUUUGGUGAUUGGUGCGGAUGGAAUUAAGAGUUUGACUAGGAGUUUGAUUGUGCGGGAUGAUGAGAAGCCGGAGGCGACGGGUGAUGCGACGUAUAGGGUUAUACUUCCGACGGAACUGAUGUCGAAGGAUGAGGAGUUGAAGAAGUUGGUUGAGAAGGGGGAUUUGACGGUCUGGGUUGGUGAGGGUACGCAUAUGGUUGGGUAUCCUAUGAGCGGAGGAAAACAAUACAACUUAGGUUUCAUCCAUCCAGACGAUGAUGCAAUCGAAUCAUGGGUUGCACCGGGAGACGUCAAAACCAUGCGUGAACAGUUCGCGAAAUACGAGCCUCGAUGCCAGAAAAUCCUGUCCUUGAUUGAGAACCCUGUAAAAUGGAGGUUAAUGGACCAUAAACCAUUACGACAGUGGAUGCACCCGGCAGGAAGAGUUGUGUUGUUGGGCGAUGCGUGUCAUCCAAUGCUCCCAUACCUAGCAGCAGGAGCAGCAAUGGCAGUAGAAGACGCCGCAGUCCUAGGUAACCUCCUCUCCCACCUCACUUCACCCAACCAACUCCCCUACUUCCUCUCAACCUACCAACUUCUCCGCGCCGAACGUGCAUGGGCCGCGCAGCUCGGCUCACGUGCAAUGCAGGGACCCUUUCAUAUUCAUGACGGACCCGAGCAGGAGGAAAGGGAUAAAGGGAUGCAGAAGAGGAUGAAUGAGGAGUGGGGUGUUGAUGAGGAUGGGGACGUUAAGGAUGAGGGAAGGGAAGGGAAGGUGAAGGUGAAGUAUGAGAUGAUGUUUGGGUAUGAUCCGGAUAGGGAAGUUGAUGAGUGGUGGGAGAGGGAAGGGAGGGUGUUCCUUCAGGUGCCGAGUGAUAAGGUGUUUGAUUUGUUGGAGUGA